AAAGUACAAAUUGGAGAGCUCCUUUCAAUUAUACCAUACAACACUUCCGUUGAAACUUCGCUCGACCUUCUUUGUUUUUUCUCACAUAGUAACGCGCGAUGUCUCUCUAGUCUCAAACCACGUAGCAUGUACAAUGAAUGAACUAAUAAUUUACUUUUAGAGAAAAGAUAGCCAAUGAAAAAAUGGGCUUGAGCAAGAAAUCCAAGACAUGAAUAAUGGGCUCAAUAAGAGACCAUAAAAGAAGCCCAUAUUCAAGAGUUCAAGGGGAUAUCAAAGGUGGUGGUAAACAGCUCAACCCAAACGAACUUUGGCAAAUCAACGUAGCCUCUGGCACGACACAAGCCCGCAUUUGGGCACGAACCAGCUGCCAAUUUGAUGCCUCUGGAAGAGGUAGUUGCCAGACAGGUGAUUGCCAGGGACUCCUUGAAUGCAAAGCCUUCGGCUCCCCACCUAACACUUUGGCUGAGUUCGCUCUUGGCCAGUUUGCCAACCAAGACUUCAUCGACAUCUCCAACGUCGAUGGGUUUAAUGUUCCCAUGGAGUUCAGCUCCAACUCCCCUGGGUGCAGCCGUGUGAUCAAGUGUACUGCAGAUAUUGUGGGACAGUGUCCAAAUGAGUUGAAGGUUCCAGGAGGGUGCAAUGGGCCGUGUCCAGUAUUCAAGACAGAGGAGUACUGUUGCAACUCCGGCAACUGUGGGCCUACAAACUUCUCCAAAUUUUUUAAGGACAGAUGUCCAGAUGCGUACAGCUAUCCUAAGGAUGAUCAGACCAGUACGUUCACUUGUCCCACAGGAACCAACUACAAGGUUAUAGUCUGCCCUUGAAGGCGUAUUCGAAUUAGUCCUAAUUAAGCUAUACUUAUCUGGAAAAAUAAUUACUUGAAAAAUGGCUUAGUCAUUUUGAGCAUAUCUCCUGAUGCAGUGAUGUGCCCUUAUGCUAUAGUUGCAAUAAAUUAAUUCCAGUUAU